CCCCUCACCCCGCUCCCCCAAGAACGGGCUGCCAGAUCUGGAGGCAAACUGAACUGAACACUGAGAGACAGUGCCUAGGGGUCAAGGGUCAAAGGUCAACAUCGCAAGUUAUAGGGGGUCGCAAGUCGGAGGGGUGUGUAAGGAGAGAGACCCAGAGACUGAGUACGCGAGAGAGCGGAUUUGUGGGAAAGGCGCCUGGAGGGAGGAUAAGCGAGUGGAGCGGGGUGUUUGUGCCAGGGAGACGGGUGGCUUGAGAGAGAAGACAGAAAGAGAAAGGGAUCUGGUUAUUUGUUCCCAGCCCCCGGGCCUGCUGUCACUAUCGGUCACUUAGCCUGGCGUCUGUCCGUCUGGCAGUUGCAACCCCAGCUGCCGGCAGAUUGAGGAGAUGGCGUCUCCCUCUAGACAGGACCCCCUCGGGGGGUCAGGGCUGCUUCAAGGGAGCCGGGCUCGUUCGUACGGAAGCCUGGUGCAGUCUACCUGCUCCCCGGUGAGGGAGAGGCGCCUGGAGCAUCAGCUGGCGCCCGGAGACACCCUGGCUGGACUAGCACUCAAAUACGGGGUGACGAUGGAACAGAUUAAACGUGCAAACCGCCUUUAUACUAAUGACUCCAUCUUCCUGAAGAAAACCCUCUACAUCCCCAUCCUGACAGAGCCCAGAGACCUGUUCAAUGGUUUGGAUUCUGAGGAAGAGAAAGAUGGAGAGGAAGAGAUGCAGCCAAGUAAGGCUGAAGUUCGGCCACACUCAGCUGAGAGGAAGAAACAGGAAGCAGGUUCAGGACGGGCCAAUGGCGAAGUCCUUUCCACACCUGGCCAGGAACCCCCCGCUCCCACCCAUGACCUCUCUGCCUCUGACUUCCUGAAGAAGCUCGACUCACAGAUCAGCCUGUCAAAGAAGGCUGCUGCCCAGAAGCUGAGAAAAGGGGAAAGUGGGGUACCUGGGGAGGAGUCAGGCCAUCACCGCAGCUCCCCUCGGAUGCAGCAGCGAGCAGUCCUAGGUCCCGUGCCACUGACCCGGACCUCUCGAAUCCAGACACUUCGGGACCAGGAGGAUGAAAUCUUCAAACUCUGAUGUUUCCAGAACUGAUUGAGAGAAGCAAGAUGAUGAAGGAGCAACUUGAGGGGGAGAGGAGCCUGAGGUGAGGCUCAAGAACAAGGCUUCCCAGCCCACCUCCCUCCCUCCAGCCCAGCCUUGUGUCUCCUCAAGAGCUCCUUGGCCUGAGGCAGUUUGAUUGGCAAGAGUCGGGGGCGGGGAAUAGACCCCUUCUCAGUUCUUGGGUUGAAUCUAGAGUUGUCCUUUAGAUUCAAAGGUUCUUUUUAUAUCCCUGCUGCCUUUCCCCGUUCCUUGGCCUUAGAACUGGAGGCAGGUGACUCCCUCAGGCCCUAACUUCUUCCCCAUCUCCAAUAUAUUACCUAAUUUAUUUGGUGCUAUAUUGAAGUAAUAUUUAUUUGCGGUAUUUUGUUCUUUCCCACCCUUAGCUGAAAAAUGGGAUUUUUAUAGCCAUGGUGUGAUGUAAACCCAGGAACAGUGAGCCAGUAACUGCUGGCUGCCCACCUUUUUAGCCAAGCAUGUUAUUGAGGAUGAGGCCAUCAGUGAUCUGACCCUCAACGUAAAGAAUUUGGGUUUAGUCACAGUGCUGUAGGUACCGGAAUUGAAUAGUAAAAAGAAAAGAAAAAAUAGUCACUGCACCUCAAUUCAGCCUGUGUGCGGCUAAGGGAUGGAAGAGUUCGAAGAGGAGAACAGUUGUGGGAGUAUAACAACAGUUCCUAUUUGUUAUCCUCCCUCCCCAUCAGAGUCUAUCGCUGUAUGCCUUGCUCCUCACUUAAUAUUUAUUUGCAGUUUGUAGCACUGAUCUGUGGUACAGGUUUUAAACAGACGUAGGCAAGGGAACCCCAGUGAUACUGAAAUACGCCUGAAUGUCCUGUGUGGAAAGGCGAGUGGUGAGAUAAAUGGUGUUUAUAUGCCAUCGUGAUGAUCAUAAGAUAUAAGACACUGAAACUGGAGAGAUUAAACACUGAGCCCUGUGC